CCACACCAUCGUCAAAUUUAUCAGGAAUCACCACACGACUAACAGUUUCAUGAUGAGUUUGGACUCAUCAUUGACGCUGUUGCAACCGACUGAGGUCCGUUUCGGGUCGGUGUACCGGAUGCUGGAGCGGAUACACAACCGGAGGACAGUUUUGAAGGACAUGGUGGACGCGACGAAUGUGGGGAAAUGGAAGGCGAUGCGGUGGUCGAGCGCGAAGCUGCAAGCGAAAGCGGAUCUCGUGUACUUCACAAUGCGGAGGGAUGCUUGGUGGACAGAGCUAAGGAAGGUGGUGGAGAUGAUGGAGCCGUUGUAUCUCCUACUGCGGAGGAUGGACAAGGACGGGACUGCACCGUCAAACCUUGUGGAGUACGACCGACUCAUGGAGAGGAUGCUGGCGGAGGUUGUGCUGACACCGGAGCAACGAAGUUCUGUGUUAGAGAAGGUGAGGGACCGCAUGAAGAUGAUGCGGCAACCGGUGCACGCGCUGGCUUUUCUUCUCGACCCGUGGAGGAGAGAUCCGAAGUGGUUGCUGGACCGGGACAGCACACUUGUGCAGAACGCGCUGCGUUAUUUGCAGAGGCAAAUUGGCGGACCUUGGAAGUCAAAGGCGCACGUGGAUAUAAUGAAAGACCUACGCGAGUUUCACAAGCGACCCACCACAUACGACCCCAAGCGGAAGGACAAGAAGAUGUGGGAAGAGGAUGCGGUCGAGGAUGCUGAUACUAUCUCGCCGUCGGAGUGGUGGGCAACACAUGGCGGCGAUGUGUCAAAGUUGCAGGCCAUUGCUAUCAAAGUGAUGGGCAUGUGGAGCACUGCAACUCCGGCGGAGCGUAAUUGGUCCUCGAUGGACUUGGUGCACUCCAAGCGACGGAAUCGGUUGAAGCCCGCGACCGUGGAGAAGCUUGUGUACAUUCAUUGGAACAUGAAUCUGUUGCGGGCGAGUAAGAACUUAAAGGACCAUCACUACGUCGAUUUGUGGGCGGAGUUCUUCGAGUCUCUUCCGGAUGCGGGGGAGGGCGAUGAUCCUCUCUUGGAGGUGCCCGAGGAGGAGAAGGGGAAAACGGAGGAGGAGAAGGCGCGGGAACGGGCCUUAACCAAGUUGCCAAAGGGCCGGAUUCCGAAGAACCUUGAAGAAGAUGAAGAGGAGCGCACGGACGACAACGACUUGGAGGACGAGAUAUGGAAGGGAAAGGCUCCAUGGUCUGAAACAUCUAGCGAAGGGGAGGCAGAAGACGGGUCCGACGAUGACUUUGAGCUCGGAGCGCAGCCCUCGAUCCCGGGCACCACAUAUAUGGACACCGACAUUGACAUGGUGCUUCGCCCCGGUCCAAUCGAUGCGGAUGAGGCGGAGGCCGAUCGUGCGAAGGCAAUGGCUGAUGCGGAUCGCGAACGGGUGCAAAGGAGAAUGAGAGAGGAGGAGGAGCGGCGAGCAGCUAUACCAACCCGUAGAGAAAUGGAGAAACAAAAGAAGAAGGUUGGAGAGCAUGAGCCAGAGCCUGUGCGGGAGAUGGGGCAGCAGGAGGAGGAGGAAGAGGAGGAGAUGGGCCAGCAAGACGAGGAGGAAGAACACGAGAUGGCCCACCUGGCGCAGGAAGAAGAAGAGAUGGAGGAGGAAGAAGAAGAGGCUUGCAUGGACCAGCGAGAGGAGGAGAUGGAACAAGACGAAGGGAAGGGCACGAACCAGCAAGAAGAGGGGUUGGAGGACCAACAUGCGGAACGGGUGGGAGAGAGCGAGGAGGAGCAGCAGCACGACGACAUGGCGAACAGCGAGGAGGAGCUGCAACAGCAACAGCAUGCACCGACGACCGUGUACAAGCGUCGGAAGAAAACAGCGCAGCCUGCCGGGUCACCGGAGAAUUCCCCCGAAUUCCCAGACAGCCAGCAUAGAGGGAAGCCAACACGACAACCUGUGGGUCAGCAAGGUUGGGAGGAAGAGGAAGCCGCCCCCUGUCGACGAUGUGCCGAGGCCGAAACUUCCACGUAGCAGGCCUCGGAAGAACAAGACUGCCAGUCCGGCUACGAAGCCGAAAAAAAAAAACCGGAAGUGCAAGCCUCGGAC